GAAGCCUGCGCCAUUUUGACUUCAUGUGAGGUCUCUGCUGGAGAGCUAGAAUGCCGGGUAUGCAUGAGGUUUACCGGCUUUAGUGCAUAAGACUCGUGAAAAUGGCCUCGUUACGUGCAGCGAGGGUGCUGUUCAGCUCGGCGGCGGAAGCAGCUGCGCCUCCGGUCACAGCGAGCCGCUGGGAGCGGCUGAGAAACAGCAAAGCGGGUGUGUGGUGUCGCAGCCUGCUGUCUGACUACAAAGAAGCAUGCAGAGAGAUGGUUGUUGGUGCCUGGGAGAGGCCGCUCAAAACCUCUGUGUACGUGACUGUGUUGGGCGGGGCCUGGGCCUGCUUCUACACCAAACCCGACCGCUUUUCCUUCGAUGCUGCAAUGCUGGAGCAUUCCAACCAGCUGGGCCUGCUGUCCCCGUGGAUCCGCAGCUCCACCUCUGACGGCCACGUCCAGAGUCUGGUGAAGCUCCGUAAUGAGGGCCGGCUCCGCCACAUUAGCCUGGGUCUUCUUUCUGUGGUAUACUAUGCUGACUAUGACCCGGACACCAUGCUGUAUGAAGCCCAGUGCUCUAACCUGUCAGUGCCCUGGAGGGAGCUCGCUCAGCGGGUGUUGGAUGUUGGCUUUGCUGGCCGCUGGUGGAUUUUGAACUCAAAGAUGAAGGAGUAUGAUGUGAAUGAGGAAGAAUUCAAGCACUUGCCGGCAUACAUGCAGGGAAAAUCAGCACCCAGCGUCGAGGAGGUGGAAAAGAACGAGAAGUUGCACAAAGAGUCGUGGCUACCAGUGAGCAUGGAGGACAAAGAAGAAGAAAAGAGAAGUGGUGGCCAGAGAGAAGAGAGAGAGAAAACCAGUGAAAGAGGAGCAGUCUCGCACUGAGGCUGAAUGGGCCACACACACACACACACACACACAGACCCUCAUUCUCUCUUUUUUGUUGUAGUGUUGGAUUUAUUACAUCAGUUUCAGCCAUGAACUGACCAAAUGUUGUUCUGCCACCAUGUGACCGUAAAUCUUACAGAUGUUAACGUGUGGCACAUGUUUUGCAUCUGAUGUGGAUCUGCUGACACACUGAGUUUUGUGAUUAUUAAAGGCUGUCAGUAAUAAUCCAAAUGAGAUGGUUUUUGUGGAUUUUAUUUGUAAGUUUGUACAUGUUUUUGAAAGCACAAAUAUUGUUGUUACAUUUAACAACAGAGGAAAAAAAUAACCAAAUGACAGCAAAUCAUAAUAAACACAUUUUGUGAAGUGAAUGAUCUCAA